GGAAGAGAGUGCGCGCGCGGGAGCGAGUAACUGAACUCUCAUGAUGGGGAAGUAACUGUCAGUCACAGAAAGACCAAGAGAAGACAUUUUCACAAGUAUUUCGCUCAUUAUUGAAGAUUUGCGGUACGAUUUAUGAGAACAGUGUGAACAUGUUUUCUCGAAAGAAAAAGGAGCUGACUACUAAAGCAUCUCCAGUCUCCAAGAAGAGCAACUCCGUUCAAAACCCUUCGUUGUCCAUCCUCCAGGAACACUCUCACUAUGACACUAUCGAUGGCCUCUGCACGUUGGCUCCUCCUGACUCGGUGCCCUCGUCCUGCCCGGGGACGCCGGCCGCCCACUCCAAGCUAACGGGGUGCAGUUCUCCUGUCGGGACCAUCAAGCGGCCCACGGGCCUCAGCCGCCACGCCAGCGCCGCCGGGUUCCCCUUCCAGACGGCUGGGACGUGGAGUUUCCACAAGAGCUAUCCUCGGGCCGCUCUCAGCUACGGACACGCAGACGGUGGCGAAGCGUCGGCCAUCGAGGUGGAGGACAUUCCCUCGCUGCUCAGAGACGUCGCCCGCUUCGCAGAGGCUGUGGAGAAGCUAAAGGACAUGGUGCUGGGCGAAGUGAAAGAGGAGCCGUGCAGCAGGCCGGUGGUUCACGAGUGUUUAGGGGAGGUUCUGCGUGUUUUACGGCAGGUUAUCAGCACGUACCCUCUGCUCAACACUGUGGAAACACUCACCGCAGCAGGAACUCUUAUCUCAAAGGUCAAAGGGUUCAGUUAUGAAGGCACGACUGACGCUCAGAAGAAAGACUUUGAGAAGGCCAUUGAGACCAUUGCUGUGGCCUUCAGCAGCAAUGUUUCAGAGCUGCUGAUGGGAGAGAUUGACAGCACUACUCUUCUGUCCCUGCCGCCCACAGAAAAAAGCAGGUCUAUGGAGGACCUGUACCGGGUGUCAUCAGGUCAGGGUUCGGAAGGAGGAGGGAAAUACACCCACCAGGACUGCAUGAGUCCACAGGAAGUUGAUAUUCUCCUGCAGCGCAGUGAAGGCGGCGUGGACUCGGCUCUGACUUAUGCCAAAUAUAUUGCCAAGUACAUGAAGGACAUCAUCAGCUACGUAGACAAGAGGAUCGCUCUCGAGAACGAGUUUUCUAAAGGUCUUCAGAGACUCUACCAGUCCUGCAAACAGAACAUCAUACAGGAACACAUGCCGUUGUUGUCUAUCUUCUCUCUGGCUCUCGAGCAGGACUCGGAGCAGAGCUGCGGUUUACAGCAGACCACAAACAACGUUUACACACACUCGUUUCUACAGCCCAUGACACAGCGGAGACAGGAACACGAGAAGAAGCGCAGAGACAUUAAAGAGCAGUGGCAGAGAGCCAAGAGGAAACUGGCCGAUGCCGAUAGUAACCUGCGCAAGGCACGUCAUUUGUACGUGAGCCGCUGUGAGGAGUACGAGAGAGCUCGGACAGUAGCCAAUAAGGUUGAAGAGGAACAAAGUGGAACCACUAAAGCUUUGGACAAGAAGAGACGACUAGAAGAGGAAGCACGCAACAAGGCGGAGGAGGCCGAGGCGACGUAUCGCACCUGCAUCGCGGACGCCACGACUCAACAGCAGGAGCUGGAGGACAUGAAGGUGAACGUGCUCAAACAGAUCCAAGAGCUCAUCAGACAGACAGACCAGAUCCUGCGAGCGUGCACCAUCUCGUACUAUCAGACGAUGCAUGUUCAGACGGCAGUGCUGCCGGUGCAUUUCCAGACGCUCUGUGAGAGCUGUAAGCUGUAUGACCCGGGUCAGCAGUACGCCUCGUACGUCAAAAACCUGCAGCUCCGCACAGACCUGCCCGUACAGUACCAGUUUGAGCCGUACUCUGCGUCCAGCCACCAGCAUGUUCGAACCCGGAACAACAGCUCUGAAGCUCCGCCCACCUCAGAGGAGGCAGGAUUUGGAGAAGGGGGCGUGGUUAAACAAAGACGAGGUCAAGGGAGAGACCAUCAUCAAGCUCACAAGUCCUGGCCGUCCACACUGAGUGACACUGACAGUGUUGGUCCAGGAAGUGGACUGGGUUCCCCGACCUCCAGCACGGGUGACAUCUCAAAACCUUCAAGGCCCGUUUCUGCAGCCACCUUGUCGUCCAAUGAAGAUAUAGAGGAGAGAGACGGCACCAUGACCCCAUUUGAACAAAGUAUUAAUGGGAUUGAACCAGAGAGCGUGGUGCCCACUGGACCUUUCAAAAAUGUGGGAUUGUCCAAAGCUGCAAAAACCCAUCGGCUGCGCAAACUGCGCACGCCAUCAAAGUGCAGAGAAUGCGACAGCUACGUUUAUUUCCAGGGCGCAGAAUGUGAGGAGUGUUUCCUAGCGUGCCAUAAGAAGUGUCUGGAGUCUCUGGCCAUCCAGUGUGGCCAUAAGAAGCUUCAGGGUCGCCUGCAACUCUUCGGACGGGAUUUCUCUCAGGUCCUGCAGGGCGAAGCGGAGGGCGUUCCCUUCAUCAUCAAGAAGUGCAUCACAGAGAUCGAGAGGAGAGCGCUCAAAAUGAAGGGCAUCUAUCGUGUGAAUGGCGUGAAGACCCGUGUGGAAAAGCUGUGCCAGGCGUUUGAGAACGGCAAAGAGCUGGUGGAGCUCUCGCAGGCGUCUCCACAUGACAUCAGCAACGUGUUAAAGCUCUACCUGAGACAGCUCCCAGAGCCCAUCAUGCCCUUCCGCCAGUAUAAUGAACUGAUGGGACUGGCGAAGGAGAGCCUGAACUCGGACGGCUCAGAGGCCGGUGAGGGGGUGAAAAGCCCCGAGCUGGUGGACCGUGGGUCAGAAACAGAACCAGAGGUGCAGACCUUAGUGCAGAAGCUGCGAGAGCUGCUCAAGCGGCUGCCACACGCCAACAUCUCCACGCUGAAGUACAUCAUCCGACACCUGCGCAGAGUGUCCGAGUUGGAGCAGGAUAAUAAAAUGAGCGCUAGUAAUUUAGGCAUCGUGUUCGGGCCGACCCUGAUGAGACCCAAACCCACGGGAGCCACGGUGUCGCUCUCAUCUCUGGUGGAUUACCCUCAUCAGGCUCGCAUCGUAGAGGCUCUGAUCGUCUUCCAGCAGAGCAUCUUCAUCUCCAGCUCCUCUUCCUCAGCCUCCUCUCCAGCCCAGAGCCAGGACUGUGAGACUGCAACCCACGAGGAGACAAACAGAGCGGAUCUGGAAUGCUGUCACUCGGUUGGUUCGUCUGGUUCUCAGGAGCGUUCGCUGGACUCAGACUCUGAUGUGGAGGAGCAGGGCAGAGCGAGAGGACAGCGCCCUCCUCUGGCGAGUCAGGAGAGCGAGACCAGCACAGAAGAAGAGCAAACCAGUCCCAGAGCGAGCCUGGACCUGAGCGCACUCCCGGAGACCAUCCCGGAGCAGAACACCAGCACAGGGGAAACAGAGGAACACGACCCCGAGCAGGUCUCAGAUCAGUAAGACCAGGGAGGCAUUAUGAGUUUAACCAUUUCAACCGUUAGCCCAUAUGUAUAUGUUAAUUCCCAAAGUCAAACAAUAGUCACAUUACAGGCA